AUGUCCGGCUCAAGGGAGAACACGAUUUUUGCGUCAGCUCCCACUGGAGUCACCCUGGGAUUUGCUCGCGUUCAACCGACAGCCGAACAUGCCACUAUCACCAUAUCAGCGAUUGAGGAGAAAAACGAAAGGCCUAUUUAUGAAGGGAAUGGGUUAAAGAGGUGUUUGGCCGUUUCAAUAGCUUGUGUCGUUUUCAUGGCCGCUCUCAUCACUCUUUUGUUGCUUGUUGUUGGUGGAGGACAUGCGGCGGUUCCUAAUCGGGCCUUCAACUGGCCACCCGCCUCUCCAUCGAUCAUGGGCGAAUUCACGAAAGCCGCGAUUACAACCGAUCACAAACUAUGUGCUGAUAUUGGAAAAUCAAUAAUGGACAAGGGUGGGAAUGCUGUCGAGGCGGCGAUUGCUGCUCAAUUCUGCCUUGGUGUUACGAAUCCACAAUCUUCAGGGCUGGGUGGCGGAUUUUUGAUGACUUUAUAUAAUAAAACCGAAGGUCGUUGUAUAGCGAUCGACGCUCGAGAGACAGCCCCAGCUGCGGCCAAGGAGGAUAUGUUCGUGAAGAAUACAAAUGGCAGUAAAUACGGCUUUAACGCGGUGGGUACCCCGGGAGAGCUUGCUGGAUAUUGGCUUGUCUACCGGGAUUAUGGUAGCGGCAGGAUCGCCUGGCGGGAGCUUAUUGAGCCAUCGAUUAAACUCUGCAGAGAUGGAGUGCCCGUUUCAGAGUACUUGGAGAAUGUGAUGAAAGUCAAAGAGUACCACUUCCGCUCAUUUCCAAGCAUGAGAGAAUGGAUUAAUCCAAAAACAAAUGACACUUACAAAGCGGGAGAGCUUCUGCCACGACCAAAGUUGGCUGCCACAUUACAGCGAUUGGCUGACGCGGAAGACCCAAUUCAACUUUUCUAUCACGGUGAUAUGGCCGACUCAAUCGCGAAAGAGUUUGAAGCUAAUAAUGGAAUGAUUACAAAAGAUGACUUGGCCAAUUAUAAAGUUCGCGUCUACGAUACUCCUUUGAUAAACGAUCACUUCAGAGGAGAUUUGGUGAUGUGCGGCGGUCCACCACCAUCAUCUUUUGCUGUCACACAACUUAUCAUUUCGGCUUUGUCAAAAAUGUAUCCGCUGAAAAACUCGCCAACUGAGCUCUACUACGAGCCCUCUUUCUACCACAAAUUCAUUGAGGCCAUGAAGUUUGCGUACGCGCAGAGAACUCUCUUUGGUGAUCACGAUUUUGUCUCUGGUGCUCUAGCGCAUGCCGAGAAUUUGACGACUUUGGAAUACACGCGAUGGGUAGUUGAUCACAUAAAAGACAUUGCACAACCAACGGAGAAAUAUGGGGGAAUCAAUCAGACACAUCCAGCCGAUCACGGCACUUCGCAUGUUUCAGUGGUUGACGCUGAAGGAAAUGGAGUCACUUCAACGACUACAAUUAAUCGAUGGUUUGGAGCCGCUGUUGAGUCCGAAGCCCUGGGAAUCGUUUGGAACGAUGAGAUGGACGAUUUCUCGACUCCCGGAACGGCAAAUGGCUUUGGAUUUGCUCCAUCGGAAACAAACUUUAUUAGGCCCGGCAAGCGUCCAAUGAGCAGCAUGAGUCCAAUGAUCAUUUAUGACAACAAAACGAAAAACUUGAGAAUGGUGGCCGGUGCAUCGGGUGGGUCAAAAAUCAUCUCGGCGUUGGCGAAGUCGGUGAUUCGACCGCUGCUCUUCGGAGAAACCGUCAAGUCGACUAUAAAGUUGAGCAAGAACUUCGAAGUCUUGUUAACUUUAGCUCUG